AAUACGUAACAAAAUGAAAUGUUAUUACGAAGAACUCGGCGUUGAACGCGACGCCAAUGAUGGUGACAUCAAGACGGCCUAUAGGAAAUUGGCAUUAAAAUGGCAUCCGGAUAAAAACCCCGACAAUUUGGAUGAGGCCAAGGAACGGUUUCAACUUAUUCAACAAGCCUAUCUGGUACUAUCCGAUCCCCAGGAAAGGGCAUGGUACGACAAUCAUCGUGAACAAAUCUUGAGAGGCAAAAACUCCGACUAUGAAGACAACUGUUUGGAUGUGUUCCAAUACUUUACCGUGUCCUGUUUUAAGGGUUACGGAGACGACAGCAAGGGCUUCUAUGCUGUGUACAGAGAAGUAUUCGAGAAAAUUGCCGCCGAAGAUGCUGAAUUUAUGGACGAUGAAAUGGAAAUGGAGAAUAUACCUUCAUUUGGUGACUCCACCAGUAGCUAUGAGGAAGUGGUUGGGCCAUUCUAUGCUUGGUGGAGUGCAUAUUGUACCAAGAGAACCUACACAUGGCUGUGUCCCUACGAUAUUAAGGAAAUUAAAGAUCGUCGAAUUUUGAGAGAAAUUGAAAAGGAUAUGAAAAAGGUGGUGCAAAAGGCCAAAAAGGAGAGAAACGAGGAGGUUCGCAAUUUGGUAUCAUUUGUACGGAAGCGUGAUAAACGUGUCCAGGCCUAUAAGAAACAGCUGGAGGAACGUGCAGCCUUCAAUAGACAGAAACAGGAACAGAAUCGUUUGGAACAAAUUCGCAAACGUCAACAAGAAUUGGCCGAGAUGAGGCAAAACAGCAUAGCGGCCCAAGGCGAUGAUUAUGAAGAACAACUUAAGCAAUUGGAACAACAAUACAGCAGUGAUGAAGACGCUUAUAGUGAUGAAGAAGAGGAUGAAGAUGAUGGUGAAUAUGAUAACGAUAUUGCGGGAGAUGAUGUACCAGAUGAUGACCAAGACGAUAGUUAUGAGGAGUUGUAUGAUGAUUUGUAUUGUGUUGCCUGCAACAGGGCAUUUAAAAAUGAAAAGGCUUUUGCGAAUCACGAAACUAGUAAAAAACAUCGAGAAAAUGUUGAAAAAUUAAAACUGGAAAUGCAUGAAGAAGAGAAUUUAUAUCAAGGUGAGGAAGACGAGGACGAUAUACCAGUGGACGCUGAAGAUUUACCACUGGCGAAAGAAGAGACGGAGGAACUUGAAAUUGAAGAUAAUGAGGAAGAACAGGAAGUACACAACAAAAAAUCUAAAUCCCGCAAAUCAAAGAAUAAAAAGGACUCCAAAAAAUCUAAACUGACAGUAUUGAUUAACUCCGAUGAGGAGAUUGAGGAAGAUGAUGAAUUAAGCAAACAAGCGGCGAAAUUGAAUAUUAGCAAAGUUGAUGAUGAUGAUCAUGAAGAUGACGACGAUUGGGAUAAUAAGUACAUUAAUUGA